CUUGACAAUCGCCUUACAAGCAAUACAAUCGUUUAGGAUGGUCAACUUCAAUCUGUCGUUCGGUCUGCUCUCGCUGGCUCUUGCGAGCACUUCGCAAGCAUCGCCACUUACCCAGCGUGCAUGCGACCUCCCUACCAAGUACAAGUGGACAUCGACUGGAGCCCUUGCUCAGCCCAAGAACGGAUGGGUGUCACUGAAAGACUUCACCACCGCUCCUUACAAUGGCAAGCAUCUUGUAUACGCCACUACCCACGACAGUGGCUCCAGCUGGGGAUCCAUGGCCUUCGGAUUGGUUUCCAACUGGAACGAUCUAGGCUCUGCUUCUCAGACAAAGCAGAACGCUGCCGCCGUCGCCCCUACGCUCUUCUUCCACCAGCCCAAGAACGUCUGGGUUUUGGCUUACCAGUGGGGACCCACCGCCUUCUCCUACAAGACGUCGUCUGACCCAACCAACCCGAAUGGCUGGGGCGCAGCGCAGCCGCUCUUCACCGGAUCCAUUUCUGGCAGCGGUACCGGUCCCAUUGACCAGACGCUCAUUGCCGACAGCCAGAACAUGUACCUGUUCUUCGCUGGAGACAACGGCAAGAUCUACCGUUCCAGCAUGCCUCUUGGAAACUUCCCCGGUAGCUUCGGCUCGUCGUCCACAGUCGUCAUGAGCGACUCGACCAACAACCUCUUCGAGGCUGUGCAGGUCUACACUCUUACCGGACUCAACAAGUACCUCAUGAUUGUUGAGGCUAUCGGCUCCAACGGACGCUACUUCAGGUCUUUCACCGCUACCUCGCUCGGCGGGUCAUGGACCCCUAACGCUGCCACUGAGAGCAACCCCUUCGCCGGCAAGGCCAACAGCGGUGCCACCUGGACCAACGACAUCAGUCACGGAGAGCUUGUCCGUACCGCCAACGACCAGACCUUCCCCGUCGAUCCCUGCAACCUGCAGCUGUUGUAUCAGGGACGUUCCCCCAGCUCGGGUGGCGACUACGGUCAGCUCCCGUACCGCCCGGGUGUUUUGACCAUGUCGAAGUAAAGUGACCCGACGCCAAUCCAAUGACGCCAGCGUUCCAGCUUUGAGCUUUGUACAUAGUGCGCGAGUCAAUAGAGG